UCCAAUAUUCAACAUGGCGGACAAAACAGCUGAAAAAAACAAGAAAAGUUCAGAGGAAACUUUAGCUCUUAGUAGUGAAAAACAAAAAGAAUUUGAAGAAAAAGUAAAAAAGAUCAAACCAAAGGAUAGUGAUGGAGAACUUGUACCUGGUGUUGUAUACCUUGGUCAUAUUCCUCAUGGGUUUUACGAAAAUGAAAUCAGGAAUUUCUUCGAACAGUUUGGAACAGUUAACAGAGUAAGGCUAUCUAGAAGUAAAAAGUCUGCAAGAUCAAAAGGUUAUGCAUUUAUAGAGUUUGACUGUGAUGAAGUUGCCAAAAUUGCAGCAGAAACAAUGGAUAACUAUAUGAUGUUUGGAAGACUUUUAAAAUGUAAAGUAAUAUCCCCAGACAAAAUUCAUCCAAGGCUGUGGGAAGGAUCAAAUCGAAAAUUUCGUCACGUUUCGAGGAAUGAAAUUGCAAUAAAGAAACAGAAUAAGGAACGAAAUCAGAAAGAACAUGCAGCGAAUGUCAAAAAUAUCCUCAAGAAAGAAAGCCGAAAAAGAAAGAAGCUUGAGAAGCUUGGCAUAGCUUACGAUUUCCCUGGAUAUAAAGAGGAGGCAGAGGAAAGUCAGCCCAAACACAAAAGGUUUUCAGACGAAUAAUCGCGAAACCUAUUCGCAUCAUAUACAAGUGAAAGAAUAGUCCCUGAAAAAAGAAUAGUCCCUGCAGUAGCUCAGUGCUUGAUAUUCACUUUUCCCAGCCAAAAGUGUUCCAAAUUUGAUUUUAGUCGCUAAUUUUUCAUUUUAUAUCAUUCGUACUCCUGUGAGAAAACAUUAAGAAUUUCGCCAAAUGAAAACCAACUUUAGAAAAAUUUAGCUGUCAAGCGAUUUAUUUGUAUUGACGAUGAAUAAUUCGAAAUUUUUAGCCCUGACUGAAGAUAGACUUGACAUUGACUAUUACAUUUUAUUCCACUGGUGAAAUUUAAACACACUAUAAUUGUCUUACAAUGCUUCUCAACUUAAAGCGCGAAAUCGAACAAUUUGAUAAACAAUGUAAGAAUUUUCCAUAACCUUAUCGGAAGAGCACGUACAUAUGAAAUGUCAUGGAAAGGCCUUGAUUGACGUCUAUCGAUCCUAUACGUCGCGAUGACGAUUCCUCACGUGAUAUUCAGAAGUACUGUUAACCAAGCUGAGGAACUUUUGUAUAUGGAUUAUUAAUAUGAAUUUGAUGGAUAAAUAAAUAACUACUCUAUAAAGUUA